AUGGCCAAUAAUAUUGAUAAAUAUGGUGUUUUAUUUAUAGCUGAACCGGACUAUUCCUCUCCUUACUACCAACAAGUUUUGGAUAAUUUUGAUUGUAAAUUUUUUAACUUUGAAGAGAGUAAAGUUAGUAGAACCAAUGCUAAUUAUAAUACCGACACUAACACUAAUGGUGGAAAGAUAGUUUCUUUUAUCGAAUUUAUUAAAAAAAAUUUCAAGCACAAUGUAAACCCUUUAAUAGCUAUUUACUGUGGGUACCAAGCCUUUUACCCCAUUAAUAAGUUACCCAAUGAACUAUUAAUUAAAGAUGAAGAUGUUAAUAGCACUCCCAAUAUUCUAGCGGACCUAAAACUUUUAGUGUUUUGUUCUAAAGGUGUAAACUCUGUUGAUACAGAGUGGAUUAAAACACAUAGACCCGAUUUAAAAAUAGUAAACUUUGAUCACGAUGCAAUUGCUAACGAUGUUGCCGAUUGUUGUUUAUGGCAUGUUCUAGAGAGUUUUAGAAAAUUUAGUUACCAACAAUCCAUACUUUUACAGGGGUUUGAUACGAUUGAAACAAGGUCAAUAGUAAGAGAUGGCUAUACUACCGCUAACAACAUUGACACAAAAAAUUUUGCAUUCGGUCAUGAGCUACCACAAGGUAUUAAAAUUGAAUCUCCGUCCGGUAAAAAAGUUUUGGUCCUAGGUUUCGGUAGAAUUGGUAAAAAAGUUUGUCAAAAAUUGAAGUUUGGACUGGAUAUGAAAGUGUUUUAUUCUACUAGAAGUAAUAAAAAAUACGAUCAAUUACCGUACGAAUGCUAUCCUUGGGAAAAUAUCCUGGAGCCUGAUGAAAGUUUGAACCAAUUUAAUUGCAUUGUUAUUUGUUUACCAGGGACAUCAACAACCAAGAAUUUAAUUAACAACAAGUUUUUACAAAAAUUUAAAGAUUUAUCCAAAUUAUCAAUUAUUAAUUUAGGUCGUGGGUUUAUUGUUGAUUUCCCAGGUAUUACUUUUCAAGAUGGAGCUACACUUAUUAGCAAGCUAAGAAGUUUUGGCACUGAUGUUUAUUAUGAUGAACCCAAUACUGAACGUGAAAUAUGCUUUAAGAAUAAAGAAAACGAUAAUAGUAUGGAUAAAAAUAGUUUGUUAUUAUCGCAUGGUAGUUUUACCCCGCAUAUUGCAAGUAGUACCGAUACAGUUUACCAAUAUAGUAGUGAACAUUCUUUAAAGGAAAUAUUAUCUUUGAUGCCAUAG